GCCCCCAUGGCCACCAAAAUCGACAAGGAGGCGUGCAGGGAGGCGUACAACCUCGUCAGGGACGAUGCCACCGAGGUGAACUGGGUGACUUUUAAAUACAACGGCUCUACAAUCGUCCCUGGAGACCAAGGGGUAGACUAUGAAACCUUUAAAAGGAAGUGUACAGAUGACGUGCGAUUGUUCGGCUUUGUCCGAUUCACCACCGGGGAUGCCAUGAGCAAGCGAGUCAAGUUUGCCCUCAUCACUUGGAUUGGGGAGGAUGUCAGUGGCCUGCAGAGAGCCAAAACUGGGACCGACAAGACCCUGGUCAAAGAAGUAGUACAGAACUUUGCCAAAGAAUUUGUGAUCAGUGACCACAAAGAGCUGGAUGAGGAUUACAUCAAGAAUGAGCUGAAGAAAGCAGGAGGGGCUAAUUAUGAUGCACAGACUGAGUAAAGCAGGGACCUCCUGGCACCACCACCUGGAUCUCAAAGGGAGGGGAAAGGCACAACCAACUAACACAGCCAAGAGAUGAGGCCACUGAAACCCCCAGCUUUCUGUGUCUGCACCUAAGAACUCCCUUUCUUUGCAUACAGUGGACUUUUAUUUUCCAUUCCACCUUACAAAACAUCCCUCUCUGGGGUUCUGUUUUUCUUUUUUUCCCCAUUUUUUUUUUUUACUCAUAACUCUGUCCAUGCUCUCACAUCUGUGGAACUUAGGUUUGGCUCUGCUUUGGUCCUGUUCAGCAUUGUGUUUCUAGAGGCUUGCCACUGUGUCCUUCUUCCUGUGCGUGCGUGUCUGUGUGUUGUAGUUGGGCUCAACCUGGUCUCUGAGGGGAGAAAGUUUUGAGGGAGUUCUGAAUACUGAUU